AUGAAUGGGUGUCCACUUACCAUUCAAGCAAUGGUAGCCGAGCCUUAUGUGAUGAAUCCCAAGAGGAAAUCGUUCAGUAAAAGUUACGCCAACAAUUACGAAUUCGACAAAGGUGGCGAAGUGAAUUUGGUGAAAACAAUCGGCGAGUUCACCAAUAUGAGUCUUCACAUGUUCUUAUCCGAGAACGAGGAAGAAUGGGGCACGAUAAGUAAGAACGGUACGGCGACAGGUGCCUUCCUUAUGCUCAGAAACAGUACGAUAGAUCUUAUGAUAGGUAACAUUGAGGUGACAAAAAUCCUGCGCAGAUGGUUCCACCCGACUGUCAGUUACACGCAAGACGAGAUGACGUGGUGCGUGCCGCGAGCGGAGAAGGCGGCCACUUGGGACAAUUUAGUGAUAAUAUUCCAAUGGCCGACUUGGGCGGCCACUUUUACAAUCUUUAUCAUAUUAGGACUGAUAUUCCAUUACAUGCACUACAUUGAGAACAGAAAGGCAUCGAAGUGGCCUGAGAAAUCGCUUUUGAUAACGUUGAACAUGCUAUUAGGAUGGAGUGCGUCUUUCAAACCGAAAGGGUCAGCGUUCAGAAUACUCAUAUUUAGCUGGCUUUGUUUCAGUUUCAACAUGGGGGUAUCGUACGAAUCGUUGUUGCGCAGCUUCUUAAUGCAUCCGCGGUACGAGAGGCAAAUAAGCACCGUCACGGAUAUCGUCAGAUCCGGCAUGGCGUUCGGUGGAAGAGAGAUCCACCGCUCCUAUUUCAAGGCGAACAACUCAAGUUACUUGCACAGGAAUUACAAAACCACGGCCUUUUCGGAGGGGAUAAAGAGAGUUGCGUUGCGGCGAGAUUUCGCGGUGGUGGCUUCGAGGCGUCAGGCCGCGUAUUACGACCAGAGAUUGGGGCGGGGAAAGCGUCUGAUAUAUUGCUUCCCGGAGAGCAGCAACCUGUACAAAUACGGCGUCGUCCUCUUAGCGCGCAAAUGGUUUCCGAUGAUGAAGCGGUUCAACAGCAUUAUAAGAAGCGUGACAGAAAACGGGUUGAUAGAGAAAUGGAACAAGGAGCUUUUCAUCCAUCGGGCCAGUCCCGACGGUAUGGAAGACAUUUUACCGCUAAGUAUUGAACAUCUGCUUGGUGCCUUCGCGUUCAUCGGUAUCAUGUACGCAAUAAGCACUUUUGUGUUUUGUGUCGAGAUAAUCUUGGGUUGGAUUGAAAGACGCAAAUUUUUUUGCCAGCCAGGGUAUGGAGUUAGAAAA